UUUGACAAUUUGACAAGUUAAUUAAUCGCUAUUCGCGACUUUACUAAAUCCGUGAUAUUUUAUUAGUAGUGAAACAAAUGAUAAUGUAUUCAUGAAUUUAUAAUGGCAAAUAUAGAACAAACUCAUUGUAGAUUCUGUGCCGAAACAAAAGCAUCCAACAAACUGGUAAAUCUUGUUAAAGAUAAAGAAAAAUACGAAGAAAUAUUGCAUAAACUGACCGUCUUAAAUGCAGUUUAUGUCGAUUUUUCUAAUAAUAAUAACAACUUAUUACCCAAAACUAUUUGCUUCGUAUGCUACGAAUCUUUAAAUAAAGCAAUAGAUUUUCUGGAAAAGGUGAAACGAUCGCAGGAAGUAUUGAUAAAUUUAUUCAUAACCAAUGACUGUUCAAAGACAGAUUUAUCUGACGAUGAUAGAAUGGGUUUCGACGAUUAUUGCUUACCAGAAUCAGUUGGGGAAACUUCACCAUUAAUUAAAGAGGAGGCCAGUUACCCAGAAAAUGCAAAGGUAGUUUUAAAUUUGGAUAACAUUACUUAUAAUGUUUUGGAAGUCAAAGAAGAACUUAAAGUGGAAGAAUCUGACAAGGCUCCAGAAAACAUCAGUGAAAGCCCGUCCAACGUAGAAUUCGACAAUACUCUUAAUGUUCAAGACCUGCUUGGGGCAACUAUAUGCAAUGUGCCAUAUGAAUCUGAUGUCACAUUAUAUGCUAAAGAGGUGACAGAUUCAAGGAAGAGGAUAGUCCCCCUGUGGAAAGACUACCCCUGGAUAUGUGCACAUUGCAAUAUGGAGUUCCUUGAUUUACCAUCAUUACGAUCUCAUUCUAAAAUAGCUCAUGGCAAAUGUAAUGCUUUUGUUUGUUUUGAUUGUAAAAGUUAUGUGAAAAGUGAUUUUGAAUCAUUUUUAAAGCAUGUGCGUAGGCACAGGAGAAGAUUAAGAAAAAGAUGUCAUUACUGUGAUGCAUACAUGUCAGAAGACUUACUAAGUACACAUGUUGCCCAGCACCUUGUUAAAUUACAAGUCCCUUGUGACCUCUGCGGGGAGAUAUUAAAGAACCAAGAGGCAUUACAGAAGCAUUUAGGUGAUUACAAUUCUAUGAAACCAAAACGUAAACCACGGAGGAAACGAGGUACACCAAUCACACUGGCCGAACUUACUUGCGAGUUGUGUAAAAAAGUAUACAAGAAUCUUAAUAGCCUAAGGGACCAUAUGAAACUCCAUACAAACAACCGUACAAGGAACUACACCUGUGAUAGAUGCGGGAAAAUGUUUUACAACAAAGGUACCCUUACAUCACACAUAAUGUCGCACGAUCAGAUCCGACCGCACACAUGCAAGAUCUGCAACAAGUCGUUUUUAUUUCCAAACAUGUUACGCAGACAUGUUGACAUGCAUUCAGGUAUCAAACCUUUCUCUUGCGAAGAAUGUGGACGUGGAUUCAGACUUUUAUAUCAGCUGAAUGCUCACAAAAUAAUUCACACAGAUGCAAUGCCUUAUGUAUGUGAAUAUUGUAAUAAGGCUUUCCGUUUUAGACAGAUACUUAAAAAUCAUGAACGACAACAUACCGGAGCUAAGCCGUACGCUUGUCAGAUUUGUGGCAUGGAGUUUACUAAUUGGUCAAACUAUAACAAACAUAUGAAAAGACGGCAUAAUACUGACACAUCUAAGAAAAAAAUAACUCCUGAAGGAGUGUUCCCUAUUAACCCUCAAACUGGGCAAAUUGUACAGUUCACAGACCCUGAUACGGAGGAGUGGAAAAACAAGAUAAUGAAGCCCGGGAAGAGAGGGAAGAAGAAACUAAUAAAGGAAGAGAGUGGAAGUUAAUCAAGACAGUGAAGAGGCUUAUAGAUUAAAAAAACUUUUAAGAAUAUGAGGCCCAUCUAGUUAACUGGUUGAAUUAAUUUAACAUAUUAGGUAUAUCCUUUAUUUAAAUUUAUUUUAGAAUAAAUUCUAAUUGAAAGCAAAAACAAAAGCACUAGUACUAGUAAGUACUAACACACUUUGACCUAGUUGUGCCGUUUCCUAAGUACAAAAUCAAAGUGGUCAAUGGCAAAAGUUAAAAUAUAACAAUAUUAUAUCAGUUAGUUUAUAAAAUGAUAGGAAAAUGCAUUAAAACUAUAUGCUAAAUCGGAAAUUUAUAUAAAAUGCUAGAAACAGACAAUAAGACUAUGAUUCUUGGAUAGGAAAAAAUAAAUCGAGAAUUAGCAUUUUAAUUUUAUUAUUUAAUAUUUAUGAGUAUUAUUUGUUUUUAUAUUUUUUAAUUACUCUUAAAUUAUUUGUUAAAAAUAGCAAGCAAUACCUAAGACAAGGGUAUAUGCUCUAAAUAUGAGUCUAAAAUAUAUAAGUUUGACAAGUGACGCCUAUGAAAUACUGAAUUAAUUUUGUAUGAGGAUUAAUGUUGUACUUAAUGGACGGUUGCCAUAGACUCGGACAGUACGCGCAUAACGAAUAACUAUGAACUAUCGAAGACCGGUCUUGUAAUAAUAUUAAUCGAACAAAUAAA